AGUAGCACCAAGAACAUCUUAAGUCGCAGAAACAUUAGUUUUUGGAAGCAGGGUUUGCUGUAACUAUAGUAGAAAUGACAUUCUGAUUCCACUCCUAGCUUCACAAGGAUAUCUGUGAAAGAUUUGGGGCAAAACUGUUAAGCUGUCUGAAAGUGCUUUUGCAUAAGAAAUGGGUUUUACUGCUAAAACUGUCAUAUUGCUGAGUUUUGAAUGCCCUAAUGGUAAAUGAUACUGGGUUGCCAAAAAUAACCAGAUUAGUAGUUUUUUCAUUCAUUUGGCCAUCUCAGUAAGUCAAAUAUUGAUACUUUCUACUAAGUCAUCUUGCCAACCCCCAUUUUGUUAUACUUAUGCUGAAUCUGUUUCUCAUCUCUUAAGUGAGAAAAUUAUUGAUUAUUUUGUGGGGAUUUAAUUUAAAAAAAUGGUAAUGGAUACUGUAAAGGAGCAUUAUUUGGAUGGUUUAAAAACAUCUUCCUUGAUGGGAAAAUCUUUUAAAAGGCUUUCUAACUUGGUGUAAUUACUUGAAUUAAGGAAGUGCAAUGCCAUUCUACUGACUUAGAACAACUUUUUUGACUUCCUGCAAAGAGGACCCUUACAGUAUUUUUGGAGAAGUUAGUAAAACCGAAUCUGACAUCAUCACCUAGCAGUGCAUGCAGCUAGCAAGUGGUUUGUUCUUAGGGUAACAGAGGAGGAAAUUGUUCCUCGUCUGAUAAGACAACAGUGGAGAAAGGACGCAUGCUGUUUCUUAGGGACACGGCUGACUUCCAGAUAUGACCAUGUAUUUGUGGCUUAAACUCUUGGCAUUUGGCUUCGCUUUUCUGGACACAGAAGUAUUUGUGACAGGGCAAAGCCCAACACCUUCCCCCACUGAUGCCUACCUUAAUGCCUCUGAAACAACCACUCUGAGCCCUUCUGGAAGUGCUGUCAUUUCAACCACAACAAUAGCUACUACUCCAUCUAAGCCAACAUGUGAUGAAAAAUAUGCAAACAUCACUGUGGAUUACUUAUAUAACAAGGAAACUAAAUUAUUUACAGCAAAGCUAAAUGUUAAUGAGAAUGUGGAAUGCGGAAACAAUACUUGCACAAACAAUGAGGUGCAUAACCUUACAGAAUGUAAAAAUAUGUCUGUUUCCAUAUCUCAUAAUUCAUGUACUGCUCCUGAUAAGACAUUACUAUUAGAUGUGCCACCAGGGGUUGAAAAGUUUCAGUUACAUGAUUGUACACAAGUUGAAAAAGCAGAUACUACUAUUUGUUUAAAAUGGAAAAAUAUUGAAACCUUUACUUGUGAUACACAGAAUAUUACCUACAGAUUUCAAUGUGGUAAUAUGACAUUUGAUAAGAAAGAAAUUAAAUUAGAAAACCUUGAACCCGAACAUGAAUAUAAGUGUGACUCAGAAAUACUCUAUAAUAACCACAAGUAUACUAACGCAAGUAAAAUUAUUAAAACAGAUUUUGGGACUCCAGGAGAGCCUCAGAUCAUUUUUUGUAGAAGUGAAGCUGCACAUCAAGGAGUAAUUACCUGGAAUCCCCCUCAAAGAUCAUUUCAUAAUUUUACCCUCUGUUAUAUAAACGAGACAGAAAAAAAAUGCCUCAAUCUGGAUAAAAACCUGAACAACUAUGAUUUGCAAAAUUUGAAACCUUAUACGAAAUAUGAUUUAUCAUUACAUGCCUACAUCACUGCAAAAGUGCAACGUAAUGGAACUGCUGCAACGUGUCAUUUAAUAACUAAAAGUGCUCCUCCAAGCCAGGUCUGGAACAUGACUAUCUCCAUGACAUCAGAUAAUAGUAUGCAUGUCAAGUGUAGGCCUCCCAGGGACCGUAAUGGCCCCCAUGAACGUUACCAUUUGGAAGUUGAAGCUGGAAAUACUCUGGUUAGAAAUGAGUCACAUAAGAAUUGCGAUUUCCGUGUAAAAGAUCUUCAAUAUUCAACAAACUACACUUUUAAGGCCUAUUUUCACAAUGGAGACUAUCCUGGAGAACCCUUUAUUUUACAUCAAUCAACAUCUUAUAAUUCUAAGGCACUGAUAGCAUUUCUGGCAUUUCUGAUUAUUGUGACAUCAAUAGCCCUGCUUGUUGUUCUCUACAAAAUCUAUGAUCUACAUAAGAAAAGAUCCUGCAAUUUGGAUGAACAGCAGGAGCUUGUUGAAAGGGAUGAUGAAAAACAACUGAUGAAUGUGGAGCCAAUCCAUGCAGAUAUUUUGUUGGAAACUUAUAAGAGGAAGAUUGCUGAUGAAGGAAGACUUUUUCUGGCUGAAUUUCAGAGCAUCCCGCGGGUGUUCAGCAAGUUUCCUAUAAAGGAAGCUCGAAAGCCCUUUAACCAGAAUAAAAACCGUUAUGUUGACAUUCUUCCUUAUGAUUAUAACCGUGUUGAACUCUCUGAGAUAAAUGGAGAUGCAGGGUCAAACUACAUAAAUGCCAGCUAUAUUGAUGGUUUCAAAGAACCCAGGAAAUACAUUGCUGCACAAGGUCCCAGGGAUGAAACCGUUGAUGAUUUCUGGAGGAUGAUUUGGGAACAGAAAGCCACAGUUAUUGUCAUGGUCACUCGAUGUGAAGAAGGAAACAGGAACAAGUGUGCAGAAUACUGGCCGUCAAUGGAAGAGGGCACUCGGGCUUUUGGAGAUGUUGUUGUAAAGAUCAACCAGCACAAAAGGUGUCCAGAUUACAUCAUUCAGAAAUUGAACAUUGUAAAUAAAAAAGAAAAAGCAACUGGAAGAGAGGUGACUCACAUUCAGUUUACCAGCUGGCCAGACCACGGGGUGCCUGAGGAUCCUCACUUGCUCCUCAAACUGAGAAGGAGAGUGAAUGCCUUCAGCAAUUUCUUCAGUGGUCCCAUUGUGGUGCACUGCAGUGCUGGUGUUGGGCGCACAGGAACCUAUAUUGGAAUUGAUGCCAUGCUAGAAGGCCUGGAAGCCGAGAACAAAGUGGAUGUUUAUGGUUAUGUUGUCAAGCUAAGGCGACAGAGAUGCCUGAUGGUUCAAGUAGAGGCCCAGUACAUCUUGAUCCAUCAGGCUUUGGUGGAAUACAAUCAGUUUGGAGAAACAGAAGUGAAUUUGUCUGAAUUACAUCCAUAUCUACAUAACAUGAAGAAAAGGGAUCCACCCAGUGAGCCAUCUCCACUAGAGGCUGAAUUCCAGAGACUUCCUUCAUAUAGGAGCUGGAGGACACAGCACAUUGGAAAUCAAGAAGAAAAUAAAAGUAAAAACAGGAAUUCUAAUGUCAUCCCAUAUGACUAUAACAGAGUGCCACUUAAACAUGAGCUGGAAAUGAGUAAAGAGAGUGAGCAUGAUUCAGAUGAAUCCUCUGAUGAUGACAGUGAUUCAGAGGAACCAAGCAAAUACAUCAAUGCAUCUUUUAUAAUGAGCUACUGGAAACCUGAAGUGAUGAUUGCUGCUCAGGGACCACUGAAGGAGACCAUUGGUGACUUUUGGCAGAUGAUCUUCCAAAGAAAAGUCAAAGUUAUUGUUAUGCUGACAGAACUGAAACAUGGAGACCAGGAAAUCUGUGCUCAGUACUGGGGAGAAGGAAAGCAAACAUAUGGAGAUAUCGAAGUUGACCUGAAAGACACAGACAAAUCUUCAACUUAUACCCUUCGUGUCUUUGAACUGAGACAUUCCAAGAGGAAAGACUCUCGAACUGUGUACCAGUACCAAUAUACUAACUGGAGUGUGGAGCAGCUUCCUGCAGAACCCAAGGAAUUAAUCUCUAUGAUUCAGGUCCUCAAACAAAAACUUCCCCAGAAGAAUUCCUCUGAAGGGAACAAGCAUCACAAGAGUACACCUCUACUCAUUCACUGCAGGGAUGGAUCUCAGCAAACGGGAAUAUUUUGUGCUUUGUUAAAUCUCUUAGAAAGUGCGGAAACAGAAGAGGUAGUGGAUAUUUUUCAAGUGGUAAAAGCUCUACGCAAAGCUAGGCCAGGCAUGGUUUCCACAUUCGAGCAAUAUCAAUUCCUAUAUGACGUCAUUGCCAGCACCUACCCUGCUCAGAAUGGACAAGUAAAGAAAAACAACCAUCAAGAAGAUAAAAUUGAAUUUGAUAAUGAAGUGGACAAAGUAAAGCAGGAUGCUAAUUGUGUUAAUCCACUUGGUGCCCCAGAAAAGCUCCCUGAAGCAAAGGAACAGGCUGAAGGUUCUGAACCCACGAGUGGCACUGAGGGGCCAGAACAUUCUGUCAACGGUCCUGCAAGUCCAGCUUUAAAUCAAGGUUCAUAGGAAAAGACAUAAAUGGGUAACUCCAAACCUCCUGUUAGCUGUUAUUUCUAUUUUUGUAGAAGUAGGAAGUGAAAAUAGGUAUACAGUGGAUUAAUUAAAUGCAGCGAACCAAUAUUUGUAGAAGGGUUCUAUUUUACUACUGUGGAAGAAUAUUUAAGAUAGUUUUGCCAGAACAGUUUGUACAGACGUAUGCUUAUUUUAAAAUUUUAUCUCUUAUUCGGUAAAAAACAACUUCUUUGUAAUCUUUAUGUGUGUAUGUGUAUGUGUGUACGGGUGUGUGUUUGUGUGAGAGACAGAGAAAGAGAGAGAAUUCUUUCAAGUGAAUCUAAAAGCUCUUGCUUUUCCUUUGUUUUUAUGAAGAAAAAAUAAAUACAUUUUAUAUUAGAAGUGUUAACUUAGCUUGAAGGAUCUGUUUUUAAAAUCAUAAACUGUGUGCAGACUCAAUAAAAUCAUGUACAUUUCUGAAAUGACCUCAAGAUGUCCUCCUUGUUCUACUCAUAUAUAUCAUAUAGUUUACUAUUUUACUUCUAGAGAUAGUACAUAAAAGUGGUAUGUGUGUGUAUGCUACUACAAAAAACUAAACUAACAUUGGGAAAUCUUAUAUUCCAUAUAUUAGCAUUUAGUCCAAUGUCUUUUUAAGCUUAUUUAAUUAAAAAAUUUCCAGUGAGCUUAUCAUGCUGUCUUUACAUGGGGUUUUCAAUUUUUGCAUGCUCGAUUAUUCCCUGUACAAUAUUUAAAAUUUAUUGCUUGAUACUUUUGACAACAAAUUAGGUUUUGUACAAUUGAACUUAAAUAAAUGUCAUUAAAAUAAAUAAAUGCAACAUGUAUUAAUAUUCAUUGUAUAGAAAUAGAAGAAUACAAACAUAUUUGUUAAAUAUUUACAUAUGAAAUUUAAUAUAGCUAUUUUCAUGGAAUUUUUCAUUGAUAUGAAAAAUAUGAUAUUGCAUAUGCAUAGUUCCCAUGUUAAAUCCCAUUCAUAACUUUCAUUAAAGCAUUUACUUUGAAUUUCUCCAAUGCUUAGAAUGUUUUUACCAGGAAUGGAUGUCGCUAAUCAUAAUAAAAUUCAACCAUUAUUUUUUUCUUCUUUAUAAUACAUUGUGUUAUAUGUUCAAAUAUGAAAUGUGUAUGCACCUAUUGAAAUAUGUUUAAUGCAGUUAUUAACAUUUGCAGGACACUUUUACAGGCCCCGAUUAUCCAAUAGUCUAAUAAUUGUUUAAGAUCUAGAAAAAAAAAUCAAGAAUAGUGGUAUUUUUCAUGAAGUAAUAAAAACUCGUUUUGGUGAAUUCUGUAAUAGCUUAUUAUGAAGGUCAAACACAACCUUUAGAUUGGUUUGGUUUUCUAUAUCUUUACUUUUUUGUCUGAUUUUAUAUGAUGUCUUAACUAUACAGCACCGAUAAUUGUCCAUUCAACUCACAUUUAUUUUGUGUCCCUACUUCUAAUUAUUUCACUAUUGUAACAUAUAAAAUUAACAAUUAACCCUUAUAGUAGUAUAUAGAUCCUUGUGCUUAUUUAACAGAUGAAAAGAAGUAAAUUUUACAAUGAAGCCACAGUUUCUAAUUUAUAUUAAGGUUACUUAUUACAUCUUUACUUAUUAAUGAGAAAAGGGGAUUAGAAUCACCAAUUAUGGGCACAAAAAAUAAAGUUUUCUUUCGCUUAUCUCUUCAGUCACUCAAACUAUUAUGCAUUCUUUUAUUGAAACUUGAUCAUUUGCCAUUUUCUAGAUAAUGUAGUUAAAAUUUGCAGUUCUCAUGUUCAAUAGAACAUUAUGAUGUAUGCCUGCUUUAUCUGCGAAUUGCUUCAAAAUACAAAUAGCAGAAAGUCUAAAUAAUCUACAAGCAAAGUUUUUCUUCAGAAGUU